CUUCAAGUAGCGGUUUUUGUUUAAUAAACCGCUACUUCAAGUAGCGGUUUUCUAGCAGGUAUAAUUUCCCGAUUUCACUUUCCUCUUUCAUUUUCGUCUUCUCACCAAAAUCCCAUCCACGCCUUCCACCAAAAUCACACCUCCUUCAACGGAAGCCGGCGCAGCCAAGGAAUCCACCGACGCCGCCGGAGCAUUCCUCAGCAACGAAGGCCGCCGCUGUUGACGCCGAGGGUUCGACUUUAGUGGUCGGCUUCGCUAAUUUCAGAAGAAACGUGCUGAUCUUCUUGUUUGUGAAUGAAACAUGGAGGUUCCGAACUACCCUCUAUAUUGCUAUUGGGGUGGAGAAAUUGUCCACAAAGAUAGCGAUAUAACGUAUAGGGGUGGGAAUCAAAAAUUUGUGUUUGUACAUUCUGCGAUGACAUAUUCACAAGUUCUGAACAAGCUAUAUGAAGAAUUGAGUGUUGAUCCUAGAGGUGUGGAGUUGAAGGUGGUUAUGCGUUAUCCUAUGGCUGGGGCAUAUGUUGCAAUUCCGUUAAAUGACGACAACGCUGUUAGAGCUAUGUGGAUUGCUGUGACUCAGAGUUCUUCUGUUGCAAUGCAAUUGUUCAUUGAACAAGUUCCAAAGGAGCCAGUUGUGCAAACUAACACUGGUUCCUUUCCGGGGAUGGAUUUUUUUGGUAGUGUGGAUCAACCGUUUUCCACUGGUGUUCAAAGUGUGGGCAUAGGGUCAUUCACAAGAAUGCUUGUUGAUCCACAUUAUGUCAAUGACCAUCUCUCACAGUUUAGGUCUCCGGCCUCAUCGCCUAAUGUUGGAACCUCGACAAGCACACAACCACAAGGCAUUCUUGAUUCUCUUGACCCAAACAAUGUUGAUGUAUUUGGCGAUGCAGAGAUGAAUGACACUGAUGAAGAUGAUGAUGAAGAGAUAAUUGAAGCUCGUGAUAAGGCAAUUAAAGGAAGCGCCCCCACUUCAGACUUCAAUGAAGUGGCGCAAGUUGAUCCUCGUUUGAAUAGCUCAUGGAUGUCUUGGUUAGGAAAUGAGACAUAUAACAAUGGGGGAGAAUUUGAGGUUGGUCAGCAGUUUGACUCAUUGCAACAACUGAAAGAUGCUGUGAAAUCUUACUCCAUAGCUAGAAAUCAAACAAUUCGAGUUGUGGAGGCAGAGCCAGAGAAAUAUGUUGUUGAGUGCAAGAGGAAAGAACAAUGUAGUUGUUCGUGGAGGCUUAGAGGAGUGAAAGAUCCAACACUCUCUACGUUUAAAAUUGUGAGGUACAACGGCCCUCAUGCAAGUAACUGUGUUGGUGACAUCGACUCGGGAGAUCAUAAGCUACUGACUUCCGAGUUCGUUUGCAAUGCUCUUCUAGAUGUCAUUCGCGUUGAUCCUUCAUUGAAAAUCAAGACAAUGGUGCAACUUGUGAAAGAGAAAUUUGAUGGAUUCCAAAUAACCUACAAGAGAGCAUGGCUAGCGAAACAAAAGGCAAUAAAACUCAUUUAUGGGGGUUGGGAGGGUUCAUAUGAACAGUUGCCUAAGUACAUGCAAGCUCUCAAGGAAUCAAAUCCUGGGUUUUACGGUGUACAUAGGAUUUUGGGAGGAGGGUUUUUGCUUGAUCGAUCUCUUCUUACGGCGUUGGUUGAGAGGUGGAGGCAGGAGACACAUACUUUCCACCUAGUGGUAGGUGAGGCCACCAUUACUUUACAGGAUGUCUCCGUCCUGUUAGGUCUGAGAGUGCACGGCCCUCCUGUCAUUGGACCUCCAUUUGAGGGAUGGCAUGACCUAGUUGAGGAGUUGCUGGGAGUUCGACCUGGCCAUGAUGAUAACGGUAAGCCGUUUCUGGAGGGAUCUACUUUAAAGUUGACGUGGCUCAGACGUCACUUCUCACAGAUGCCAGAGGGAGCUGAUGACUUGACAGUUCAGCGCCAUAGCCGUGCUUACAUUCUCACUCUCAUGGGAUCUAUUCUAGUGGCGACAGCUUCGACCUACAGCUGGGGGAGUGCGACUCUUGGUUUUUUGUAUCGGCAGCUAUGUCGAGGAUGUCAGCGAGAUUCAAGACAGAUUGGAGGCCCGCUCAUCCUACUACAGUUGUGGUCGUGGGAGCAUAUUACUAUUGGCCGACCAUACAUUAGGAGGCCUCGAGAUCCGCCACAGGAGGACCCUGAGGCUGAGGAUGAGGAUGACAUUUUGGGGACUCAGCAUCAGCGAGGUGUUGACCCUUUGGCGUGCAGGUGGUUACGUGUCCAUCUAUCGUGUGCGCAUACUGCUUCUGGACUACCAUACUACAGAGAUGCGUUUGACCAUCAGCGCGAGGACCAGAUGAUUUGGCAGCCAUAUACUGAGGCGGUGAUGGAUCGACUUCCGGAGAUUUGUCGCUCAGACAUGCACAUUUGGCGUUCACGGGCACCUCUGAUAUGCUUUGACGUCGUUGAGUUCCACCUCCCAGACCGAGUCCUUCGUCAGUUCGGGUUAGACCAGCCGAUCCCACAGGAUGUAGACACGGACGUUGCUCUACACAGGAAGGAUCGAAGGGGACAGCGUAAUUGGGAGAUUCGGCAUUCGGACCAUGUACACGAGUGGAGUCGACGAGAGGCAUUAGUCGUCCAGGGAUACCCGUUCACUGGGACUUCUUCCCCGGCCAUGACAGAGUACAUGGCUUGGUACCGUCGCAUCACGAGACUGGUCAUUACUCCACCUUCGCAGGAGCGCCCCCCGAGUCAUUACCAGCCAGCUACCUCGGACCUCCUGCUUGCACAUGCAUUUGCUGAUUUGCACGUCCAGCUAUCGGGAGCUACUGAGACCAUCUCCCACUUGCCACCAGAGACGGCUAUACCAUUUGCCAUACAGACGAUGCAGGGUUUUACAUCAUUUUGUGGCCAAACCUUGUCUAGGGUGGGGCAGUCACACCUUAUUCAGCAGCCUCGACCGUCCACGUCUUCAUCUUCUACUGUGCACACUAUGCCGAUCAGACCACCACCUCAUCGUGGAGGCCAUUCAGCACGUGCCUUCCGUCCACCGACUCCUUCUCAGCAUACUAUCAUGACAUCUCCUCCACUAGUGCAUCGCCAGUAUCAGAGAAACCGACGGCGUAGCAACACUACGUCUGGGGUUGGAGUUGGCCUGGAUGACAUUCCAGAGGAGACAGCUGCAUCAUCUUCAUCGUCACCUCAUGGGAAGAAGCAACGCCCGAGCUAAGUGUAUAUUUUGGAACUAAACUAAUUUUUUUGUAAAUGCUUAGAAUUGGAUUUUGUUAUAUUUAAUCAAUUGAAAAAUAUUCGACUUUGCAA